AUGGUCGCUCGUCUUCAUGAUACAUUUUACGAUGCUAAGGCAACCCUAUUAUCAGAAGCUGAUAUCAAGGAAAUUAGAGAAUCUAGAGGCAGGAUACCCUAUGCAUCAAAAAAAAUGGCUGAUAAAUUUCAUAUCGGACCUAAGCGUGUCUAUGAAAUAUGGGAUAAUAAAGAACGUCUCCAGCAAGGGGUGAUCCUAGAUGGACCGGUCAUUUCAUCUCAGCCUGCUUUGGAUAAAAAUUCCCAAACUGAUAAGACAGAACAGACUCUUGAAGCAGUAUCAUCUAUAUCCCUUCCGGCUACAGAGAUUCCAAAAAAGAAUGGUCGAAAAAAGAAGGUUAAAAUAGAUGAGAAGCCGGUUACUGAGGCAACUAGUAUGGUGGAAAAAAAUAACAAAAAUGGUAUGGUCUCUUCCUCUGAUAAUUCUUCUGAUACAUCCCGAGAAGACAGGGUGGAAUCUCUUUUUAAAAAUCUAGUUAAUCGUAGUGAAAAGCUUAAGCUUAAGAGUUUAACAGCUAAUACCACUCCCCUUAUAUAA